GCACUGGGUGUCUACAAGCACUUCCAGAAUGCCUCGAAGCAUGUGCACGUGGGCCACGGUCGCCUGCGCCGAGCAGAGCACGAGGUGCUGACAAAUCUGGACAAGAUUUGGUGGUCCCUGCGCGGAAAGAUGGACACGUAUUUCGACGCGGCUGACGAGGAGGUGCGGAGCUUCCAGAAGGCUUUGACGAUGAUGCAGGAUUACCAGCAGUGCCAUUCAGGCUAUCCGGAGCUCCUCUCUACCUACAAAGCCACGAUGCGCGUUUCCGGCCGGACCCAUCGGCUCCUCAAGAACACCUGGCGUCAAU